AUCAAAAGAAAUUGUUUUCAACUCACGAUUGAAAACAAAACUUUUAUCGAUUAACAUUGAAAGUUUCUAACAACAACGUAUAUAUAUUAAUUAAGAAAACUGUUAUCAAUAACCGAGUCAUGUCGUUGACUUGGUGACACCAGUUUUUAUUUGUAUUAGUUGGUAUUUAGUAAGAAUUCAGAAAUUUAUUUUUCCUUGAUUAUUGAGCUGUUGGAAAAAGGUGAAAAUGUCAAGGCCACGAGGAUAUCUUGCAAGAGCUCUUUAUGAUAAAUACAACAAUGACCAGUAUAUAGAGAAUUACGAUUAUUCUUUAUGGUACAAAUUACCAAACGAUGGAAAAGAAAUUGCUGAAAAGUAUCGCUUCAAAUUUUUUGACCUCAAAGAACCAGAUUCCAUUACAAUGCAAUGGAUAGACGAAUCUAAAAUUAAAUCAAGUGAUCUUUGGUUACAAUUGUGGCAUAUCGUAGCAAAAUUAUUUCUUAAAAUUUUCCUUACUCAAACUUGUUCCAAUGGUUUGCUCAGGCGCGGAUCCAUGUUUAUCCUUUCUGAAAAUCAAUUUGCUGAUUUUCUCAUCAGUGGUGGAUUGAAUUUUGGAAACGAAACAAUGAUACAAAUGCUCGAUAUUGGAGCUGGAGAUGGAAAAAUAACAGUGCGUUUAGCACAAUCACUUCUACAACUAAACAGCAACAUAAUGCUGAAUGUCUAUGCAACCGAGACAUCUUACAUUAUGAAAGAUCGACUUCGUGAAAAGAACAUUACAGUGAUAAAUGACAUUCGUGACACGGAGAACGUUCAUUUGAUUUCUUGUCUAAACGUUCUUGACCGAUGCGUUGAUCCAAAAUCUCUAUUGACUGACAUUUAUCACUCUCUUCAUCCACAAGGAAGAGCCUUGCUAGCCCUUGUCCUGCCCUACAAUCAUUACGUUGAACGUAAUUCAUCUCAUCUGCCAGUUGAUCCAUUACUACCCCACUGGCCUCACAAGUCCCUUCCAUUCAAUGACGAAAUUAAUGUUUUUUUCGAAGAACUUGAAAUGAUUGGAUUUAAAAUCGAAAGUUUCACCAAAGCCGGCUAUUUAUGCGAAGGUGACAUUCGGCAAAGUUUCUAUUGGCUCAUCGAUAUCCUCGUGAUUGUUUCUAAAGCCUAAUUUCUAAACGUUCCUAAACAUUCAAUUAUAAAAAAUUUAUAAAAAUUAUGACACUGCACUGAGACUUUUCAUUUGAAAUGUUUUCAGUUUAAAUCAUUAAGAUGCAUUCCUUUUGUCUGAAUAAACAAUCAUGAUAGGUUGACUUUCUGAAUUUAAACUGUUUAUAAAUGUACAAGCUUAGUGACAAGUUCAAGUUUAAAGCAAUAUUUUGUGAAGUGAGCUUGUUUUUUAGUUGAUUAUACAUUUAUUGUGAGGCUCUCGGAAAAGAGCAUAACUUUGCGAAUUCUAAGCCGUUCAAUAAAGAGAAUAAGAAUAUUCCCAAA